AUGCCUAGUAGUUACGGUGGUGGUCGAUGUGGCGGUUCAAUAAAAUUAGCAGCUCUUAAAAGCUGUCUGAUUAUUAGUAUUUGGUGGCUCAGCAGUAUAAGUAGGGCAAAUGCAUCAUCAAAACUGGGCUUUGCAGAUUUCAUUGGUGGCCAAAGAGCCGCUGCCACUCUCAGUAGUAAUGGCGGGACGAGAUGGGCAGUUCUUGUUGCUGGAUCAUCUGGAUGGAUGAACUAUAGGCAUCAGGCGAAUGUAUGUCAUGCAUAUCAAAUACUAAAAAAAGCAGGACUCAAAGAUGAAAACAUCGUCGUUUUCAUGUACGAUGACAUUGCAUUCAGCGUGAACAAUCCAAUGCCUGGAGUCAUCAUCAACAGGCCGAAAGGAUCAGAUGUUUACAAGGGAGUUCCCAAGGAUUAUACGGGGGAUAAUGCCACUGCAAAUAAUCUUUAUGCUGUAAUCCUUGGAAACAAAACUGCUCUCUCUGGAGGCAGUGGCAAGGUUGUCGAUAGUGGUCCAGAUGAUUUUAUUUUCAUUUACUAUACUGACCAUGGUGGUCCCGGUGUUGUUGAGAUGGCAGCUGGAGAUCCCAUUUACGCCAAUGAUUUGGUAGACGUAUUAAAGAAGAAAAAUUCCGCUAAUUCUUAUAAAAGCAUGGUAUUUUAUCUUGAAGCUUGUGAAUCUGGGAGUAUGUUUGAUGGCCUUCUUCCAAACAAUAUAAAUAUAUAUGCAACGACAUCAACAAACCCCAAGGAGCUUGGUUGGGCAAUAUAUUGUCCAGGGGAUCACGGCAGUAUGUCUAAGGAGUACGAUACUUGUUUGGGAGACCUCUUUAGUGUUUCUUGGAUGGAGGAUUGUGACAAGGAGGACUUACGUGAGGAAACUUUGGAGCAGCAAUAUGAAGUGGUUAGAAAGAGAACAGGAGAAGGUGAUGGGCUCAAUCGAAGUUCUAAUGUCAUGCAAUAUGGUGACACGAGUUUCACUGGGAAUUUGCUCUCUGCUUACAUGGGCAACAACCCUAAAAACUCUAGUACUGCCAUUGAUGAACUUGACUCAUCAACUCCACUAGGCUCAUCCGUGUCUCAGCGCGACGCCGAUCUACUUCAUUUUUGGCACAAGUUCAAUAUGGCUCCUACUGGCUCCAGGGAGAAGCUUGAAGCUGAAGACAAGUUAUUUGCUGAAAUUUCUCACAGGAAGAAAGUAGACCAUAACAUAAAUCAAAUAGGGAAGCUUUUACUCGGAUACGAAAACAAUGCAAAAGUGUUGAAGAAUGUUCGACCUUCGGGACAACCUCUUGUAGAUGACUGGGACUGUCUUAAGAAUCUGGUCAGAACUUAUGAGAGAUAUUGUGGAUCUUUGUCAACAUAUGGAAUGAAAUACACACGGGAUUUUGCCAAUAUGUGUAACGUUGGGGUUAACAACUACCAAAUGGUCGUGGCAACGGUUCACACUUGUUCCUAA